CUUUCGCCAAAAUAAUUUGAUUUUGAAUCGUCUGUCCACUUGGUGUAUUGUUUUGUUUACUCCAAAGACCGUAACAUUCUGAAUAAAUAACAUGAAAGAAAGAAGCGGAUGACUGAUGAUUGAAAAUGUAGUAUUUUCUUGUUUUUUAUAUAUCAACAAUAUGACUCGGAACCCUCGCCAUGUAUCGUAUGAGCAAAUUAAAGCUGUAGUUGAAUUUAUGGGACGGCACGUAGAUUUAGCAAGCGGUUCGCUACGCACGCUCCAAGAUCGACACUUGAAUAGAAAACUUUGGAAUGAGCUUUCGAAUAUCGUAAAUAAUAUGCAAACUGGUACCAAGAAGACAGCAGAUGGUUGGAGGAAGUACUGGAAUGAUUUCAAAAAUAAGCUUAAAAGAAAGGUGAUUUUAAUCAAUCGUAAAUAUUCAAGCUAUAGACCUAAUUUAAAGCCACUUAAUAAGCUGGAGAGACAAAUAUUGGAAAUAUUAGGACCAGAAUUUGCCAAGGCAGGGUAUCAUUCAGAAAAACAUAGGGCCAUGAAUCACCGUUUACCAAAAGUCAAGUUGGAAGAACACAAUUUUGAUAUAGGUGGCAAUGUAAAUGAAUCUAGUGACAAAUUAAGUGAUAGUGAAAAAAAUGAAAGUGAGGCAGGUGAGAGUGAUGAUGAAGUAUCUGAGACAGACAACAACAGGAUGCAACUACAAAAUAUAUAUCCAAAGUGGUUAAUAGAAAUAGAAAAAAAGAGGACAGACAUUGAGUUAAGAAGAGCAAAAGCUGAAGAGAAGUUGGCUGACAUUGCAGCUCAAAAUGCAGACACAGCUAGAAACCAAGUGGAAGCCUUAAGAAAGCUUACUGAUGCUGUAUCUACACAAGCAGAGGCCAUGUUAAGGAUUGCUUCUGUAUUAGAAAGUAAAAUUCACCCUAUUGAGGAUGCUCUUGCUUUGUGAAAAUAUAUGUUGAAUCUAGAUUAAGUUCAGAUAUACAACUGCCACACACUUUUAACUAGCAGGUCCAUGAUUUCUUACAAACAAUAUCUCAAUCUUGUCUAUGACUGAAGUCUCAAAUAGGUAGUUAAGAUCUGUGAUACUUUUAUGCUACUCUCUUGUGUAGA